UUGUGCUUCAGACUCGCCCGCUUUUCGAGUCGCACACUGGUACAAACUUAGCUGAUGUUUUAAAAGCGACCGUACAAGAGUGGGAGCUUGAAAGAUCUGCUCAUAGCAUUGCUGUUGUUACAGACAACGCACGCAACAUGAUUGUGGCAGUGAGGGAAGCAGGGAUGUCGCCUCAUAUUAAGUGUUUUGCACACACUUUGAAUCUUGCUUCGCAAGCAGGAUUGCAUGUUCCCCGCGUCAGUCGCUUGCUUGGCCGUGUGAGGAAAGUCGUGGCUUUCUUUCACCGCAGUACCACAGCAACAGCUGUGCUCGCGGCAAAGCAAAAUAUGCUUGAGAUCGCAUCACACAAGCUCAUCAUGGAUGUUGUAACAAGAUGGAACAGCUCAAUGGAUAUGCUGGAACGCUAUCGUGAGCAACAAUCUGCUAUAACGGCAGCCCUCUUGAGCACAGAGGUGUGCAAAAAUGCACGUCAACUCGAUACUAUGGAUAGCGCUGACAUCAGUGAUGCAGAGGAAAUCGUAAACCUUCUUAAACCGCUAAAAAAAGCCACCGCUGUCCUGUCUGAUGAAAAGAGCCCCACGCUGUCACUCAUUGUGCCCUUGAAAGCCAUGAUCGAACAGAGCAUGACACCGGACGAGAAAGACUCCACAACUAUUGCUAACAUGAAGACGGCCAUCCUGCAAAACCUCUCAAGCAGAUUCACAGAGGAACAGGAUUAUCUGCUAGAGGGUACUGCCUUGGACCCCAGAUUUCGGUCAUUGCCCCACUUACUCCCUGAACAACGUGAAGAGGUUUUCCACCGGUUGAAGAACAAAUCAAACCAGUUACAGCAGGCUGUCACUGUGAAGCAAACGAAGGAGGGAGGUGCCAGUGCUGGAGAUCCCACUGAUGCAGCAGAUCAGAGAGAUAUAGCACACAGAGUUGAGCCAGAACAGCCACCUAGCAAAAAGACAGCACUUGAAGAGCUCUUUGGUGCAACUUUUUCUGAACCACAAGUCACCCAGUCCAAAAGUAGGAUAGAAGUAGAGAUUGAAAUGUACAAAAAGGACACUUCUAUUCCCCUCACUAGCUGUCCACUGAAAUGGUGGAAAGAAAAUGCUCAAAUGUACCCACUUCUUUCACCUCUUGCAAAGGCUUACCUCACAGUUCCAGCAACUUCCGUUCCUAGCGAAUGUGUUUUUUCUACAGCAAGGGAUAUUGUAAAUGCACAAAGAUCCCAGCUACUGCCAGAAAAUGUAGAUAUGCUGGUUUUCUUGCAAAAAAACCUGUAAGUAAUCAAAAAAAAAGCUCUUUGUGUUGAAAUUACUUGAACAGGACACUACUUGUGUGGUGUUUUUUUUUUGUUGCACUUUUACUGCUUAAAGAAGUUAUCUCUUGGGCUAUCCUAAUUCUAAUUUCAUGAUACAAGCAGUUUUAUUG